AUGGCAUUCUCUUCUUAUGCUAAUUUACAAGUACACGGGUCUUUCCAAAACCCUUUCAUCUUCCACGGCUUAAAUCAUCUCAAAACCUCACUUUCCUCGUCUGUUAAGCCUCUAUUCAAAGAGUUGCAGCAAUUGCUUCCAAGGAAGGUCGAUGUUUCUAAAACCAUGAAAAACACUUCUGGGAAGAUGUUAGAUGCACUUGUGGACUCUAUUUUCCAGUUUGUAGAUCAACCGUUGCUCCCAUCUCAGAAAAACUUUGCACCAGUGGAAGAGAUUGGAGACCUUGUUGAGGUUAUCUGGACCGAAGGAGAAAUUCCCGCUGAUUUUGCUGAAGGUGUUUUUGUAAGAAAUGGCACAAAUCCUUUAUUCGGAGGUUUAAAUCAGCAGUGUCGAUUUUCGGACAAACACAGCACACUUGGCAACAGAUAUGUUGAGACUGAAACAUUUAAGCUAGAGAAACAAACACAUAACAAACCAUGUUUCAUACCAGCCCUAGCAGGAGAUGCAGCAGCAGUUAUAGCAGCAUAUAUUCUAAAUGCGUUGAGGUUUGGCACAAUCAAUAAACACUUGAGCAACACCAAUAAAGCUCCAAACUCCGGAGAGCUAGUCAUAAUGGGGGUAGAUGCAAAGAAACCUUACUAUGUUUUGGGUGUUAUCUCUGCUGAUGGAAAAUUACUGCAUAAGGUUGAUCUCAAUUUCAAAAGAAGUACGCUUAGCCAUGAUAUAGGAGUCACACAGAAGUACAAUGUAAUAAUUGAUCAUCCCCUCACGUUUGAUGUAAAGAGAGUUACCAUGGGUGGCCCAUUAUUGAAGUAUGAAAAGGAAGAGUCUGCAAGGAUUGGAGUGAUGCCACGUUAUGGUGAUGCAGAGUCAGUCAAAUGGUUUGAGGUACAAACCAAUUGCACAUUUCACAUUCUCAAUUGCUUUGAGGAGGCUAAUGAGGUUGUAGUGAGGGGAUGCAGGGCUCUCACAUCUCUCUUGCCAGGUCCUGAUGGUGGACUUAACAAAUAUGAGUGGUACUCAAAAGGGUUCAACUUUGCAGAUGAUCAUUCUGCAGAAACUGGAUAUUUGUUUUCUCGUUUAUAUGAAUGGAGAUUGAACAUGGUCUCUGGAGAUGUGGAGGAGAAAAAUUUAACCGGAACUGAUUUCUCCAUGGAUUUUCCUUUCAUCAAUGAACAAGUAACUGGCUUGAAACACAAGUAUGGCUAUACACAGGUCAUUGAUUCUAUGGCAAGCUCUGACUGUGGCAUGGGAAAAUAUGGAUCUUUAGCCAAAUUAUAUUUGGAGGAAUCGAAUUCUACGUCAUUUGUGGAGGGAAAGUGUGAGGAUUUGAUAAAAGUUGAAUACCAUAAGUUUGAGGAGAACAACUUUUGCAGUGGAAGCGUUUUUGUGGCUAGGCAUGGAGGCAAAGGCAUGGAGGAAGAUGAUGGUUGGAUUGUCACUUUUGUCCACAAUGAAGAAACUGAUGUCACCCAAGUGAGUUGCGAUGAUAAGUUUCGGACUGCUUUUGGAAGAAGCAAUUAUGCUCAUAAGCACGUCAAUAUUUUUAUAAAUAAAAAAUAA